CCUUGAACACCUUGCAUCUGAACCAGUUCAGCUCCACCGCGUUGCAAGAUGCAGGCCGGUUUCCGGUUCGCCGAUCCUGAUUGGGUGGUGAGGCCCCGCCUCAGUUGCCGAGACGGUCCUUCACUCGUGUAAGAAUCACACGAAUCUCCGCACCGCGUCGGCCGGACGAAAAAAAGUACCCGGUGCACCCCGAGUCUCCACCCGACGACAUGUGCGGCAUCUCUGUCGUCUGCGAUCACACCAUUGGCAGUCCGUCCACCCGAGCACGAAACUGCAGUACCCUCGAGCAGGAGCUGCGCGAAUCGCUCGAGCUCAUCCGGCACCGGGGGCCGGACGACACAGGUGUUUUCGUUACGCAGAAUUCCCGCGUUGGUCUCGGACAUGUCCGGCUAUCUAUCAUUGACGUCGCGCAUGGAAAACAACCGCUCUCAGAUGAAACAGACACGGUCCACUGUGUGGUGAACGGAGAGUUGUACGACUACGCGUCUCUUCGAGCCGAUCUCGAGUCCAAAGGGGCGCAAUUCAAAACUCAUUCAGACUCAGAGCUGGUCUUGCAUCUUUACAAGCAAUAUGGGCUGUCGCUCUUCCCUCACUUGCGAGGUGAAUUCGCGUUCGUCUUGUACGAUCAACGUCGGCAGUUGCUCUUCGCCGCUCGAGAUCGCUUCGGGAUCAAGCCGUUGUACUACACUAUAUCGAAUGGACGUCUACUCGUUGCCAGCGAGAUCAAAGCGUUUCUACCUCUAGGCUUCCAGGCCCGUUGGAACGUUGAGAGCAUCGUGCAUCAAGGCGAAUAUGCCGAUGAUCGAACUGUGUUCCGGGGCGUUUUUAAGAUUCUACCUGGGCAUUAUCUUACGUACGACCGAAACGAGCAGCUGAGGAUCGUGACCUAUUGGGACCACAUAUUCGCCGAUCAGACAACUGGCCCCACCUCGCAGGCUUGCACUAUCGAAGAUGCUGUAAAGCGAGUCCGUCAGCUCUUUGUCGAGUCUGUCCGCCUUCGACUCCGGUCUGACGUUCCAUUCGCUGUGAACCUCAGCGGCGGGAUCGACAGCGCGGCAGUCGCUGGGAUUGCUGCAGCAGCUAUCAAGGAGAAAGAUCCGGGCGCACGCCUGAAUGUCUUCACUCUGGCUUUCCCUGAUCGUCCAGAUGUCGACGAAGCACCAGUGGCGCUACGGAUGGCGGACAGCAUUGGGGCAAUCAUGCAUUUCGUCAAGCCCACAGAAGAAGACUUGGUCGCCGAGUUCGAGAAGUCAGUCUGGCAGAGUGAAGCCCCGUUGAUGUACCUCCAUGGGGCAGGAAAGAUCGUGCUGUCCAAAGCAGUCCGGGACAAGGGCUUCAAAGUUGUCCUGUCAGGUGAAGGCGCAGAUGAGCUAUUCGGGGGCUACAACUAUCUCAUUCCCGACUUUUUGCGCCAGCCGGAUCAUGUCUCCGAGAAGCUGUUCAGCAUGGACCUGCCCACGGAGCAGGAACGUCUUGCGACAUUGAAGGCCAUCGUGUCACGACCCCGCGCACAGGACCACGUGUCUCUGAGCGACUUGUCGCUGACCGAUUCCCAGCUGGCACGCCAAAUGCUGGGCGGGCUCAUCACCCACCGCACCAUCGGAGUCACCAGCCCGCCAAACCACUUCUAUUCGACCGAAACGCUCGACGAAUACGGGCACCCCAGCAUCGCGACGUCGAUUGCGGAAUCUUUCAGUCCGAUUGUGCGCGAGAACAUUGCUUCUGGGCGGUGGCAUGCUCUGCACGGCGGGCUGUACGUCGUUCAAAAAACGGCAUUGGGCAACCUGAUCUUGAACCACCUCGGUGACCGUCCGGAAAUGACCAACUCUGUAGAAGGCCGUCCGCCUUUUCUGGACCACAAACUCGCGGAAUACGUCAACUCGCUACCUCCAUCUCUUAAAAUUCGGCCCGUUCUCGUUGACACGGAUACUUCGAAAGGCCCACGGGCCUGGACCUUCAUUGAAAAAUGGAUCCUCCGCGAAGCGGUGCGCCCGUUCGUCACCCCUGAGAUCGCGGACAUCAAGAAGUCGAUGUACAACUCGCCGAUCCCGCGUCCUACCGCAGCCUCCGCCACCCAGCGCACGCCACUGCAGGCUUUGCUGUCGUCCCGCAUCACGGAGAAUGCCGUGUCCCAAUUGGGGUUCCUGCGAUGGGAGACCGUGCGAGCGACCCUAGACGAGUUCAUCCAGCGCCCUGAUUCGCCCGCGGACGGGGGACUGGACCCAAACGGCCGCCGGCUGCUCUUCGUCCUCAGCUUCAUUGUUCUGCAGGAGAAGUUCCACGUUCCGACGGCUGAGCAGAUCGGAUGGUAGGAUAACGCUUAGUACUUACACCUCGUAUCGCUACCUUGUCGCCUUGUUGUGGAUGCCUACAAUGACAGAUUGUAUCAAACAUGCUCAAAAUGGUAUCAAAAC